AUGCUACACCGCUCAGCUCUGGAAGAUGAAGCCAGACCGUUCCACACCAGACGUCCCUCGGACCCCCUCACAGAACCUGCCUCGGCGCCGCUUCCAAAUCGGCCUUCCUCCCGCUCAUCCAGGCCUGGUUCCCGCAAUAGAAUGGCCAAAUCUGGAGUCGUGACUCCUACGGGACUUGGUGUGGUGACAGAGAAUGCCCCCGAUCUUCAUCCCGAGAGUCUCAAAAUGGCUAGCCCCAUCAAAGAAGGGUUAGGCAGCCUGAAUCGUUGGUCUCAGUCAACGACUUCGAGUAAAAGCCCUUCCGAGUACACCAAUCACCGCCGCGGCAGCUCCAAAAUGUCCAUAUUGGGCCACAGCCCGCACAGGGGGGCCGACCUGGGCGAACUGCCUGAGUUAAGCCUUCCCGACCUUAGAGCAUCGGAUAUGUUUCCAACCGAUUCAACCUCCUCUCACCUUGACCUUUCAUUCACAGCCUCCACCCAUAUCUUCCAAAAUUCGGCAAAUGAGCCAAGAGACAGUGUACCAUCCUACCAACCGGACCAUAUCAUUGCUCGUGCCAAUGAAGGCGCGGCUUCUUUGAUAGACGGGGAUGGCGAGGUAGACCGACAGCAUGGCCAAACUCAGAAAGUAAUGCUGUCAAAGGCCCUGCAGAAGGCAAACACUGCAGUUCUUCUCGACAAUGCAGCCAACUUUGAAGGUGCUAUGGAAGCUUACACCGAUGCCUGCCAGCUGCUACAGCUGGUAAUGCUUCGUAGCAAUGGAGGCGAUGAAGAGAAGCUCAAACUGCAAGAAAUUCGCGAUACAUAUAUGAUCAGAGUAACGGAGCUUCAGCGCAUGGAUUUCCCUCUCCCAGAUAAUGCCGAUAAAGCUCUACCCGAGCGCCCUCUCAGUCAAGAGUCGUACGAUGAAUUAGUGCAUUCAUCGGCGACUGAUAAUUCUCGUGCCGGGAGUCAGCAUAGCUCUGCGCAUUCCAGUCUCGGCCUCCAAAUCGCGACCGAAGAGGCGAAAUCUCUAUCUUUCGAGGCAGUCCCACCUCGCCACCAGUCUCUGCGUCCAUCUGGACAAUCUGGUAGUUAUAAUCCCGCGAGCGGAUCCAAUAUUGCGUAUAAUGGUCAGUACCUGGAGGCAUCUGGCCAAGAAGCCAGUGAAUCAACAUCGUGGUUGGACACAAUCGAUGAGUCCGGUGCGUCUUCGCCAUCGUCGGCAAACUCGAAAGCAUCAUCGGUGUAUCUACGCCGGCGCACAAGUCGGCGCAUUAGCACUGAUACAGAAGCUGAAUUCGACGCUGCUCUUGACGCAGCCGUGGAAGCUGCAUAUGAUGAGGGCCUUGAGCCCGUCCUGGAGUACAAUGAAGAGGAAAGUUAUGACGUCGUGGCCAAUGCCCGCCGGAACAUCGAGCUGGCAAAGCAGCGGGUACGAGAAGCAGAGCGUGAGGCAGAGGUUGCGAUGAAUCGCGGCCGUGAAAUGCGCCGCAUCCAGGAACAGAACAUGGAACAGAUCAUAGAGCCCCGGCGUGAUUCCGACUAUCUCGACGAGGAGGCAGAAGAGGAAGAGCGCCUUCUAGAAGAGAUGACCAAGGGAUAUGUGAUGGAUGAUUUCGAGUUCGGUCUUCAGUCCAAAUCUGCUUUGCCCCGAGAAUCCGACUCUAGCAACAUGUCGGGAAGAACCUGGGAAAGUUCGGCGGCAUCCAACAUCACCGGCACCGGGGCUACUCUUUCCACCCUCACCGAAGACGAUGACAUCCUGCCGCCGGGCCAAAGACCGGACCGCGAUGGUCUGCCAUCUUCACCACCUUCCGCGGCAUUGCCUCCGGUACCUGCUUCGUCGGACUUCCCAGCUCUACCCGCUCAGAGGGUUUCCUUGACCAACCCUCUUCCUCCGGUCAUGGGUCCGCCUCCCGUCCCGAGCGUACGAGCCCGGAGGCUUUCCAAGCAGGGCUCCAAUGAUCUUACAAUCGAAACAAUUUCACGCCCUCGUGCAGACUCGAGUGCCUCGGGGUUAUCUUUCUCAACUCCUUCGACGAGCCAGCCGCCACUACCUCUCCCCAAAGACGAACCGUCCACGGACGCUUCCAAAACCUCCACGUCAGGCAACAGAUCUGACUUGCAUCCUUCCAAACGCAAUCCAUCUGUUGGGUCUAUUGUGGAUCAAGCUAACCUUGCAAAAGCCCGGACCCGUGAGGAUGAAGAAUUUGGCCUUCCGCCUUUACCUUUAUCCGCGCGGCCCAUGGGCAAGGUUCCCUCGGCCCCAGACGGCCUAGACAAGGCUGAUUCCCACGCAAAAGCUUUCAGAAACCGCAACGUCUCUGUUCCCACUCCCGAGACAGCACCCGGAUCUCCAACCACCCCGUGGAGCGGUUCAUUCCCGGCUGCGGAUACUCAAAAGGCCGCGACAGCGGGCAGCAUCCCAGUUAUGCCUACCCCUACCGGCGAUUACUUCACGCAGAAUGGGCUACCCACAGGUGGUCUCAAUCUCCUUGACUGCAACAUCCACUCCCCUAAGGCAUUAGGACGUCCGAAUUCAUUGGUUGCUAAUGCGCCUCUGCCACUGGAACCUUGCCCGGAGUCUUUUCUUCUCCGCCCGUUCUGGCUCAUGCGAUGUCUGUAUCAAACACUCGCCCAUCCCCAUGGCGGGUAUCUGUCAGCGAAGCUCUUCAUCCCUCGGGAUGCCUGGCGCGUGAAAAACGUCAAGAUCAAAGCUCUCGAAGACAAAGUGUCCAACUGCGAUCUUCUUACAGCAGCUCUCCUGAAACUGGCCAAGGUUGACACAUAUGACGCGGAUGCUGUUUUGGAAGAGAUGCAAUCUCUUGAAUCUGUUCUCGACCAGGUCCAGACUGCCCUGUCCAAAAGGCUGGGCCAUGAGGUCGGAGUUCACACGGCUACCAAAUGCAUCCCCGGAAGAUGCCACCCACGCCGAUCCUCCCCCUCUAGGACCUCUGGCACUUCUAACAAAUCGUAUCUUCCGACUUGGAAACGACUGCGGGCAAAGACUUCCGGUAUUGGUACCACGUCGUCCUCUACUCCAAGCGCCCGUGACAGCAACAAGGACAAUUUCGUUCUCAACUCACUCCCCAUGGCACCGGGGCCAACCCCUCAUGCUAAGCGUAACGUCACCCAGCUCGAGUUUUCGGGCCCGAAUGCCAAUUACAUGGGGGCCUUGGCACGUCUCUUCGAUGCUGCCCAAGUGAUAGACCAAAUCGCGCAGCAAGUUGAAGAUCCUGGACUCAAACAUUCCUCUCCAACCCACGUUGGUCUGGAGCUUAGCACACGACAUGCCGCCGAGUUCUUCGGUUUCUACGUGUGCCGUUUCGCUCUGGCCGAUUUAGGUUUAAUGCUUGAUAAGUUUAUCAAACGUGGCAGCGAGUGGGUUUUGGUCUAG